AUGUCAGAGAACCCGGCAGGUGCAAAACGCAUAGAACCUCCGUAAGUAAUCAACUGAAAAGAGAAAUUAAAAAUGCAAAAUCGUUUUCAGACGGAAAGUGGACUUCAUGCUCAAAUCCAGAUUUACAAACAACGUGCCGGAUGUUCCAUUUGAUGCCAAGUUCAUGCCUUGCCCGUUUGUUCCGCUGAGCAGGUACAAUCGAUGACCGAAUUGAUUAUUAUCGCCAAAAAUUGUUUUUUUUCCAGAUUUGUCGAAUACAAAGAAUCGAACAUUGAGAAGGACUACAAGCAUGCGGUUAUCUGUGAUGACGACAUGGGCUUGACUGUCGAUUUGAUCGAUUUACGAAAAUACGACCAAGACCCAGUAGAAAUGGUGAGUUCGCUUUCUUAGAAGAGUGUUCAUCAGUAAUUGUCUCAGGCAUUCGAUGAAAAAGACACAAAUCUUUUGGAAGACGAGAAUGUUUCAAAAAUAAUCCAGAAGAGAUCAGCACAACACUCAAAACUCGUCCCUUGGAUGAGAAAAACCGAGUACAUUUCAACCGAAUUCAAUCGAUUCGGAGUCACGGCAGACAGGCAAGAAACUAAACUCGGAUACAACCUCAAAAAGAACCAGCAAGUCGAGGACAUGUAUCGUGACAAGCAGAGUCAGAUCGACGCAAUCAACAAGACCUUCGAAGAUGUAAGUAUUCUGUAGCGAUUCGUUCUUCUCAUUGGUUUCUUUCAGGUCCGGAAGCCGGUAAAAGAGCACUACGCAAAGAAGGGAGUCAAGGCCGUGGAAGAGUGCUACAUCUUCCCCGACUUCUCUCACUGGAAAUACAAGUUUGCUCACGUUCAAUGGGACGGAGAAACGAUCACCAACGAUGUUCAUGGAAACGCGAAGAGACAGGCACAAGAGGCGAGUGUCAUACGUGGAAUGGAGUUUGGAAACGAAAAGUUCGCCGCUUUGUUUGUGCCAACGAUGGAAUGCUUGACGCACAUGAUGGAGGACCUCGAAAUGGAGCGGCCGUACGAUGCGGACACAAAGUACGAAUUCAUGCUGAAUCGCGAGUACACGUGGAAAUCGGAAGCAGUCCCGCCGAGAGAUCGCGACGUUUUCGUUCUGUUCUACAGAAAUGGACGGUUCCAGUACAACGAGAUCGACAGUAAUGUCAAGAUGCUAAGAAAGCGGAACAUGCAUCUUAGCAAGAAGUCUAAACUGACAAUAACAUAUCGCCCGUUCAACCAACCGGAAAGCGAAGAGCUCGACAAAAGAUACCGUGCGCUUUUUGCCCAGCCAAAGAGCAGAAAGCAGGAAGAGUGGGAGAGGAAGGAGCUGGAGAGACUAGGCAAGGAAAACACAGAAUAUUCUUGAAGAUCAUCAUUUUUCAGCUAAAAAAGCAGCAGAAAGCAGUGAUUCGGAUUCUGGAAAGGAGGAGAAGAAGAGGGCGGAGAGCAGUUCCGAGGAAUCCUCUGACGACGAGCCGGCGAAAAGAAAAGAAGCCACGUCGAGCAGCGAGGAAGACAGCGAUUAA